AUGGCCGGUACCUCAGAGGAGGAGCCCUUACGAGGGGAAAAUUCGAAUCAAGGUCCUGUUCAUUAUAUUUCAAUUCCAGUUAAUGGUAAUGGAAACAACAGUCAUGGUGUGGGGGAAUCUCCGUUUAAUGCUGGAUCAUCAUUUUCACAUAGGAGGCAUUCAAUCUUAGAUCAACCAUUUGGUUCAUUUAGAGGUGUAAAUUCUUUGAGUAGAUUUGCCACUUCUUUGAAAAGAGCUAAUUCCUUUAGACAUAUCGAUGUUCACCCUGAUGUGCAGAGAAACUAUUUUGAACAAUCUAAUGAUGAAUUGGUUAAUCCUGAAACCAUGGAACCCGCUCCAGAUGGUCGUAAAUUGUCUGUUGCGCUAGGUAGAGCUGGUAGUAUUGCUGUUAGACCUUCGAUUGCUAAUUUUCGAGAUAGAAGAGUAAGUGGCCCUGCAGUUCAAGAUGUAGAUGAUUAUGGUGCUACUGGAAUGAGUGUCAUAAGUGAUUCCCAGUCACAAUUUCGAGAUGGUGCGUCCGUGGUGGAAUCUGUUAUUGUUCCAGGUAUUUCUAACAUCGGGACAGCCGCUGACAACGAAUUAAUUACCCUGAGAAAAGUGGAAGGUAAAGAUGGCGAAGUGGUUACAGUUUUAGCAGGUAAAUCAACUGGUCCACAAACUAUUUUCAACUCGGUGAAUAUUUUAAUUGGUAUUGGCCUUCUAGCUCUUCCACUAGGCUUGAAAAAUGCAGGUUGGAUUCCAGGCCUUUGCCUAUUGUGUAUCUUGGCACUUGCUACUUUUUGUAGUGCUGAGCUACUCUCAAGAUGUUUGGAUACUGAUCCCACCUUAAUGUCUUACGCCGAUUUGGGGUAUGCAGCCUAUGGGAGUAAAGGUCGUAUUCUCAUUUCAUGCUUAUUUACUUUGGACCUAUUGGGUAGCGGUGUUUCGUUAAUCAUUUUAUUUGGUGAUUCUUUAAAUGCUCUGAUUCCCAAAUAUUCUUCCAAUUUUUUCAAAGUUUUAGGGUUCUUCGCAGUGACUCCUGGUGUGUUUAUUCCUUUGAGUAUCCUAUCCAAUAUCUCUUUACUAGGUAUUACCUCGACGAUUGGAACAGUAGUCAUAACUGCCCUCUGUGGGUUUUACAAGAAAGAAGCACCGGGCUCCUUAAUUGAUAGAAUGCCCACGGAUUUAUGGCCUAAAGACUUUAAAAGCUUUUGUCUCUCCAUUGGAUUGCUGAGUGCAUGCUGGGGUGGACAUGCCGUUUUUCCAAACUUGAAGUCUGAUAUGAGACAUCCUACCAAGUUUUUCGAUUGUCUAAAAACUACUUACAAAAUUACCACCAUAACAGAUAUUGGAUCAAGCGUCGUUGGAUAUUUUAUGUUUGGAAGCCUGGUUGAUGAUGAAAUUACAAGAAAUGUUUUACUCACUGAGGGAUAUCCUAGUUUUGUCUACGUUUUAAUCUCUUCACUAAUGUCCUUGAUCCCUAUUGCCAAGACGCCAUUAAAUGCAAGACCGAUUAUCUCAGUUUUAGAUACUUUGAUGGGUGUCGACGGUAUAGAACUCAAAAACGGUAAUAACCGAUCAAAAACUGCUGAAUUGGUUCAGCUUUUCAACAGAAUUUUUGUCAAUGUAGCUUUUGUGACUAUCGCAAUAAUAUUCCCCAAAUUUGACAAACUAAUUGCAUUUUUGGGAGCUGGGCUAUGUUUUAUGAUCUGUCUAAUUCUUCCAUGCCUAUUUUACUUGAAGAUUUGCAAAUCGUCCAUCAAAUGGUGGGAAAGGAUCCUCUGUUACCUCACAAUUUCAGUGAGCAUGCUGUUGGCUACUCUAGGAAUCGGUGCCGCCAUUGCUUCGUAA